AUGUAAUUACCCUAAGCAAUUUACCAAAUGCGUGAAUCAACAUCCUUAAUCCUAGAACCCACGAAUAAUUCUGGAGCUUUACUUUUAGGAAACAUAACUUCAUUGACGAAGUAUAAACAAAACUAAGUUAAAGCUGCAAUUAGUAUUUGUGAAUAUUCAAAAUUUGAAGAUAUCCAAUUGGAUAAUCAUCUAAUCAUCAAUAUUGAUGAUAGUGAGGAUGAAAACAUAAUGUAAUACUUUGAAUAAACAAAUAAAUUUAUCGAAGACAACUUAAAAAAAGGCAAUGUAUUAGUACAUUGCAUGGCUGGAAUCUCAAGAAGUGCUUCUAUAGUAAUUGCAUAUAUUAUGUGGAGUUAGAAAAAGAGUUACAAGGAUUCUUAUAAAUAUGUUGAUGAGAUGAGGGAAAUUAUAUAUCCAAAUGAAGGCUUUCGAAAUUAACUUAAAGCAUAUGAACUGUAAUUAAAAAAAGGAUAAUGA